AUGAAUCGCCGAUUCCUUUUGGCACUAUCCUCGUUAUCCUUCGCCGUAUUUUUCCUCUUUCUCGUCUUGCCUUUUUCAGGAAAUGGUAAAAGCAUCGGUGGUUCAUUCGGUUUGAAGCCGCUGAUGAGGCUGAGGAUCAAGCAAGGGAACAACGCACUUUCUACUCCACAUCGAAAGCUUCUUCAUGGAACAGCAAUGGAGGAACCCAUCCGAAGUUCGGGAGACAAGUGUACCAAGGCUGAUAUUAUGAUCAACCAGGGACCUACAGCCCCACUCCCAAGUGGCAUACCAACCUAUACUGUUGAGAUCGCGAACGAGUGUGCCACUGGCUGUGACAUCUCUGAUAUUCACCUAAAUUGUGGCUGGUUUAGCUCGGCUCACCUCAUCAACCCCAAAAUAUUCAAGCGCCUUGGCUACAAUGACUGCCUUGUUAACGAUGGCAAGCCCUUAAUCCAUGGUGGGACAAUCUCAUUUCAAUAUGCCAAUACCUUCCUUUACCCUCUUUCAGUCUCCAGUCUGGUCUGUUCUUAGCAGGAUUGGUCACUGGUUAGAUAACCUUGUGAUCUUUCUGGUUUUAGGGGAUUUUCUUUCAGCUUUAUGUCAUUAGCGGAUUGAGUCCUUUCGGGAA